AUGUCCACUCCCGCUGCAACGUGCCUUGGUGAGCUUCUUCACUUCUUGCCGCAUCGCUGCUUCACGAAGGUGCAAGAGGCCGUCAUCCCGGCCCUGUUUACGAAUGACCGCAACUGUCUUGUCGCCGCACCAACUGGUAGUGGGAAGACGGUCCUGCUGGAGGUGGCGAUGCUACGUCUCUUUCGCAACGUUCUCGCCCCCCGCGAUGACGCCGGCGCCAUUGCGACAGAGGAUGGCGAGGCCCGCGGCUCUUCUGGUCCACUGCAGCAGGGAAAGCGAAAGGCGGUGUACAUCUGUCCCAUCAAGGCGCUCGCGAACGAGAAGUACGAGCACUGGCGUGCCCAAUUUCCGACCUUGACGGUUGUGAUCGAAACGGGCGAUCAGCAGCAGCAACAAGUAGACCAGCAGGAGCGCUCGUGCGCCACAGCGUCCGCGACCGGUGAUGUGCGAGGACGCGACGGAGUGGAGAGCAUGGUUGAUGUAUCACAGGCUGACAUUCUCGUCACCACGCCGGAGCGGUGGGACAGCAUCACGCGACGCUGGAAGGAGAAAGAGGUGAUGGCAAUCGUGAACUCCGUCGGCCUCCUGCUUUUAGACGAGGUGCACACGGUGCAAGAGGAGCGUGGCGCUGCCAUGGAGGCCAUCGUGAGCCGCGUCAAGGUUAUUCAAGCAUCGUCGAGAGCCAUGCAUCAACACUCGGCGACGGAGACGGCGCCAACACGCAUUAUUGCGAUAAGCGGUACGCUGCCCAACAGUCGCGACCUGGCCGAGUGGCUUGAGGUGUCGCCGGAGAUGACGUUUGCCUUCGCCCCGAGUGACCGCCCGGUGCCGCUGACGAUACGUGUGAUCGGCUACGCGCACGACUCGCCAAACCCGUUCGCGUUCCAUCGCUUCCUCUCCUUCAAGAUAUUCGGCUUCAUGCAGCAGUACAGCCAAGGUAGGCCGACGCUCGUUUUUUGUGCCUCGCGGAAGGAUACGACAAUUUCGGCGCAGCGCAUUGUUGAAGACAUCCGAGAUGCCGCGGCUCGCCGGGGGCAGUUGGCGCAGCUCGAACCCUCUGCAGAAGCGCAGCAGCUGAUGCAGCAGGCUAGCGACAAGCAGCUACGCAGCUGCCUGAUGAUAGGUGUUGGUUUUCAUCACGCAGCCAUGACCAAGGAAGACCGCCAGCUUGUGGAGCGGAUGUUCCGCGAGCAGUACAUUGCCGUCGUAUGCGCCACAACAACCCUCGCCUUGGGUGUGAACUUACCCGCGCAUCUCGUUCUUAUCAAAGGAACUACUUUUUUCUCGAGCGGGCGGUCCCACGACAUGCCCGUGUCAGAGGUGAUGCAAAUGUGCGGGCGUGCCGGUAGACCGGGCUUCGACACGCACGGCAUGGCGCUAGUGCUUACCAUGCAGCGCAGCGUGCACCUGUACGAGACACUCACUAGCGGCGCCGUGACGCUAACCUGCGUCGAGAGCCACCUGCACUGCCACAUGAUCGAGCACGUCAACGCGGAGGUGGCGCUGCGCACUAUCCACAGCUUCCCCUCCGCGAUGGAGUGGCUGAAGACGACGUUCUUCUGGAUCCGCCUGCGCAAGUGUCCACCACACUACGGGCUGCAGUUUGCAAACCGGGCCGAAGAGCUGGAGUUUAACGCAGAGGCUUUCGUGGAGGCGCUCAUGGAGCGCGCGCUGCGCGUGCUCAUGGAGGAAGGUUGCGUGCGUCUGAGUCAUCUGGACACGUUGGCGCUCUCGGCGGCGAGAGGGCCGGCCGCGCCAGUCGCUACAGGCGACAUGGAAGACAUUAAGCAUCCCUCGGCGGUCUUUGAGACAACGCGGUUGGGAAGGGCCAUGUCCCGCAUGUACAUUCUGUUUGACACGGUGUGCACCCUUAACGCAAGACUCAAGGACCGCGGGGCGGCGAGUGCGAACAGCGACGCGCCCGACGACGGCUCUGGUGCGGAUGCGUGUGCUAGUGCCAUGGACGUUGGCGUAAAGGCCACAACACGGACAGGCUGUAUGAGCGUCGUAGAGGUGCCCGAGUGCUCGUACGCGAGGAUCGACACCUCAUUAGCAGGCACGCAACCGCACCGCACAGCAGCAGACGCGACCGCGUGUUCGUCAAGGCGACGUAUGAUGCCCUUCAAUCUGCGGGAGGUUCUCCAGCUUCUCUGCCACUGCCAGGAGCUUGUGGAGGUUCGCCUGCGCCAAGGUGACCGCGGCCCGCUGAACGAGCUGAACAAGACAGUAAAGUACCCGCUACACAGCGGACGCCGUGGCGGGCGCGAGGUCCGGGAGGACUGGCAGAAGGCCUAUGUGCUGAUUCAGGUCCACAUCGGGCUGCUUCCCCUCACGGAAGUCUCCCUGCGGAACGACUCUCUGCGUCUGUGGACGGUGGUGCCGCGCAUGUCGCGCUUUCUGGAGGAGUACGCGUGGGCCGCCACCACUUCCUACAGUUUAGCCACGCAUGCAAACCUACUGGCCCGCUGCAUCGAUCGCCGUGUGUGGCCAGACGGGCUCGUGCUGCGCCAGCUCAAACAUGUCAGCGACUCGGUGGCGAAAGCUCUGCUGCGGGGCGGGUAUAGCACGUUUGAAAGCCUCGGCGGUGUCGACGCACGUCAGCUGGAGGUGCUGUGCAGCCGACUGCCACCUUUUGGCUCCCAAAUACUGAGCGAGGUGCGACGUCUGCCAAGGAUAUCGUUGGACAUUAGCUUUACGGCUUCGCCUGCGGAGUCGGACGGCAGAGACAACCAACAUUGUGUGCCGAGUGGAGUUGUGCAGCUCACGUUGUCUCAAGGUACCGAGGCGGUGUCUGACGAAGGUGUCCCCAGCGCGGCGUGGAGGCAGCGCUCGGAGACUGCCUCAUCGAAGGCUGCAGGCGGGCAACCACAGCUGCUCAGCGACAUGGUUGCGCUUGAUUCCACGCGCGUGCUUCUUCUUGUCGGGAUGCCUAGCGAGGAUCGUGUGCUCUUGAAGCGAUUUGUGCCGCUCUCUGCCUUUGGUUCACCGAGCGCCCCACGUAGUACAGCAGGGACAGCAUCGAGAUCGACAGCAGAUGGUCUCUGUGCGCGGACACUCUGCUUCCCUUUUGUCUCUCCACCCUUGUCGCGUGACACCAGCGGUGGUGGUGGUGGCAGAGGCAGGCGAAUCGAAGCUCGGUGUCUGGUGCUGAGGGUCGUGGGGAUGGACACCGUGACGGCGCGCGAUGAGGAAUUCUCUACAGCUCGUGGCGAUGCUGCGAGCGACAGCAUCCACAGGUCAGCACAGAAGUCCGUGGCCGACGCUUGUGUGCGUUUUCCCACGCCAAAGGACGUUGCGCUUCUUCCCCAGAUGAAGGCGCCGCAGACAGCGCUGUCAGUGCAAGUGGCGUCUGAGGCCCGCGCCGCGUUCAGCGAGCUACUGGAGGACAUCCAGUACGUCGCAAGUGCGGGAGACCCAACUCAGUCCCACCGCACCGCGCCACGACAACCGUCCAUCUCACGCAAGCGCACUCGUAUCGACCAAGGGGCAUGUCGUGCCGCAGAGGACGGUCAAGGGACGCAGAAAAAUGAGACGCGCCCGAAAAAUGACAAUACCGCCGCCAUGUCGCCACUCUCAGCAACGGCGAACGUCAUCUCCCUCCUACCAGUCCCAGGUGCGCCAGAUCUGCGUGACGCCGAUGGUAGUGGCUCCGCCGGUGCGGCGACGUCUGAGGUGUCCCAAGAGCGCGCAGCUGCGGGCGGGUCGUCUCUCGACUCCGCGGGUUCCUCGCCUGAGCAUCGUGCUGACAAAGAGGCCCGCUUAGAGGAACCCUUACGUGACCAGAACACUCUGCAGCAUCUCAGCGAGUUCCCGUCGAAGCUGGUGCACGAAUCGCCAUCACUGCGGCAGGCCCGACUCUGCCCCUCCCCGGAGACCGGAGCCGCGGAUGCCCUUGCUGCAUCAACGCCAUCUGCGGCGCACAAGCGAAUGGCACGAGUUCGUCUACGUCCAUGCACCUCGCCUCCAGCGUCCCGACCUCCCGACGUCGCCGACGCUUCCCCACGCGCUUGUCUUCCAGCACUGCAAAGAGAGAGACCAUUCUCUACCCCGCAGGCAGCUUCGUCGAGGCCAGUGCACCCUCACGACUACGGCGACACACCUCCGGAUGCCACAGCGUCAGUGGACCAGCGGCGCACAUAUCCGUUGAGACGCAUGACUCCGUGGGGCGGGCAAUGGCAUCCUUCGAUGGUGGCACCAACGCUGCCCCCGUCCAGCCGCUUCGUGGUACGCGUGCCGCCACCUCACGCCUCAUCUCUUCACUUAGGCAGAGACCGCAUGCACGGUAGCGCGCGCCAGCGGAGCGACUUUGUGGAACCGCAGGAGGCGUUCUACUACCCGCUGGACCCUCAGCAGGCGCCACCAGACAUGCGCUAUGUUGUCAGUGGCGUGCAGGGCGAGUGGUGGCGGCCUAGCUAUAUGCAGGACCCGGGCUGGAUGCAUGGGACCGUUGUGUCCCCGCAUCCGUACCCCUAUCGCACGCCUUCUAUGGUGACUCGGUCAGCCAACUACGGGCCGAUGCUCGCACGACCGAGUAGCGUUGGAUAUCUCCCAACUCACUGGGAGCACGUUGCUGCCGUUCCUCCGUCGCGCUUUGCAGGGCAGCGCCCGCCGUCUUUCUUUGCGUCUCGGCCGCCACUUGAAUUCGCCGAAGAACACCAACAGAUAUGGCAGACGGGCUCCCGGCUGUCUAGCUACCCGCCUUCCCCAGUGCCCAGUGUAUCGCUACCGCAUCAAGCGUCUUCGCCGACCCCAUACACUGUGCUACAAACCCAGCCCUGGCCUCGUCCACCGCCACCGCCGGUUUACGACCCUCGUGACUGGCGUCCGUCCGCAUCUAUGCAGCGCGAGCCUGUGCCUCCACCGCUGUGGGGGCCGGUGACCCGUGAGCACCAGAAGCAGCGCUUUGCUGUGACGGAGGGCGAUCCGAGUGCAAGAACAGCCCCCUCAGACAUGUCUGUGAGCCGCGCGGACGCGUCUGUUGCAACACCCGCAUCGAUGCCCACCAGUGACGGUGGCAACUUCCCCUCGCGCGUUCGUCGCCGCUCUCCAAUGGUGACUCAAUCGUGGUGGCAGUGA